CUCCUCCUCUUUCUUCUUCUCCUCCUUCUUCUCUUCCUUCUUCUUCAUCUCCUCCUUCUCCUUCUGCCAAAACCUCCACCCUUGAACUCAGCAAGAGUCAGAGCAGCAUCAGCUGGAGGAGUGGCGAGGUCAAAGGUCAAAGGUCAGGUCAGGUGUCAGCAAGUUCUCCCAGGAUGUCGAGAAGGAGGAGGAGGAGGAGGAGGAGGAAGAGGAGCUGGUUGUGGAACCAGUUCUUCGUCAUCGAGGAGUACAGAGGACCUGAACCAGUUCUCAUUGGACGACUGCACACAGACAUGGACCGAGGGGACGGACUCACCAAGUACCUCCUGGAGGGCGAGGGGGCGGGGUCAGUGUUUGUCAUCGACGGCGACACGGGAAACAUCCACGUGACCAAGUCUCUGGACCGCGAGGAGAAGGACCGCUAUCAUCUGGUUGCCACGGCGACCGACCGCCUGACGGGCCGAGCGCUGGAACCUUCCUCCCAGUUCGUCAUCCGCGUGCAGGACAUCAACGACAACCCGCCCGUCUUCCCGCACCCGCCCUACAGCGCCACCCUGCCCGAGAUGGCACACAUAGGCACGUCCAUCAUCCAAGUGACCGCCACGGACGCCGAUGAUGCAACAUAUGGAAACAGCGCUCAGCUUGUCUACACCAUCACUGAAGGACACCAAUACUUCUCUGUGGACCCUCAGACAGGUGUCCUGAGGACCGCCGUGGCCAACAUGGACCGGGAGACUCAGGAGGACUACGUGCUGGUGGUCCAGGCCAAGGACAUGGGGGGACACCAGGGGGGGCUGUCUGGGACCACCACCGUCACCGUGACGCUCAGCGACGUCAACGACAACCCGCCACACUUCAGACGCAGCGCGUGGUCUUUCUCCGUGUCGGAGCUGGCGGCUCCGGGCGUGGAAGUGGGUCGCCUCACCGCCACCGACGCCGACGUGGGUGAGAACGCGCUGCUGGAGUUCAGCAUCAUGGACACGGAGGAGGCGCAGACCUUCAACGUGAGCGGGCGGGAACGCGAGGCGGUCAUCGUCCUGAACAAGCUGCUGGACUACGAGAGCCGCAACUCCUACUCCUUCACGGUGGAGGUGAGCAACCCGGUGGUGGACGCCCGCUACCUGCAGAGAGGCCCCUUCAAGGACCAGGCGGUGGUGCGCGUGAUGGUUCUGAACGCCGACGAGCCGCCCCGCUUCUCCCAGGCCCGCUACCACCUGGACGUGUCGGAGAACUGCCCCUCCGUCUGCGCGGUGGGCCGGGUGCACGCCGUGGACCCCGACACGGGCCAGAGCGCCAACGUCAGGUACUCCAUCGACCCUCAGUCGGACCCGGAGGCGCUGUUCCGCAUCGCCUCCGACACGGGCCUCAUCAGCGCCGUGGCCGAGCUGGACCGCGAGCGGGAGCGCUGGCACAACAUCACCGCCAUCGCCACGCAGAGAGACAACCCGGACCUGGCGUCCAGGGUGGUGGUUGCCGUGGAAACGCUGGACCAGAACGACAACGCGCCGGAGUUGGACCGAGAGUACAGAACGUCGGUGUGCGACUCCUCCGCUGCCGGACAGGUCAUCCAGGUCCUGCGAGCGGUGGACCGUGACCCAGGGGACCAGGACUCCCCGGUCCACUUCAGCAUCGCCCCGGAGUCAAGCUCCGCCCUCAAGGUGUCCAUCAGGGAGAGCGGAGGCGUGACGGCGAGCCUGGUGCUGCGCUCGGCCCUGGAGCCCCUCCCCCGCCGCUCCUCCUCGCCGGCGACGCUCCGGGUGCCGGUGGUGCUGCGUGACGCCGCCUCGGGCCUGGCCAGCACGGGCACGGUGACGGUGAGCGUGUGCCCGUGCCUGCAGGGGGGCAUGCGGACGGAGGCGGAGGCGCGGGAGCGGCGUUGGGAGAGGCGGGCGGUGUGUCGCCCGGCGCCCUCCGCCUCGCCCUCGCUGGUCCUCAGCCUGGUGGCGUCCAUGGCGGCGCUGGCCUGCGCCACCACCCUGCUAGUGGCGUGCGCGCUCUCGCUGUUGCUGCGCCGUCGCCGGCGAGACGCCCGCUCGGCCUGCGAGGACGAUGACGUGCGGGAGAACAUCAUCUCCUACGACGACGAGGGCGGCGGCGAGGCGGACACGGCGGCCUUUGACAUCACGGCGCUGCAGAGCAUGCACAGGAUUCAGCACGCCACUGACAUAUGGCAGACCCGGCAGACGGCGCCGCGGCCCAGAACCUACAGCCUGCACCCGGGCCCGGACCCUCAGCACCACCCACUCUACGGCCGCCUCUGUUACAGCAUCCACACGCUGCCCGCGCUCGCUGACCGCCAUGUUGGCACGAUGGAGGCCGGCGUGCCGCUCGGGCAGCUGACCCGGCGCCAGCAAGCACCGGAGCCACCUUACGGAGUCCGGGUCGCCUUGGGGGCGGGGCAGCGGCGUCCUCCUGAGACCGAGGGCGGGGCUUUGAGCGAGAAAAGACGAACCGCCGACGUGACGCAGAACCAGAAUCUGGUUAAGACUACCCUGACUCAGCUCCAAAGUGGUCCUGCCAGUCUGAGCGGUUCUGACCCGGCGCCGUCUUCCUUCCAAAGCCCUGGCGGCUCGUCGUCCAAUCAAACGCCGAUCAGCACCGCCACACUUCCUGGUUUCCCUCAGGGCGACUCUUACAGCGUGGUGGGCUCGCUCAAGGUGGGCGGGGCCUCGUCGCAGCCGCGCAAAACUUCCCACGAGGCGUCCCCCCUGGUCUCCGGGGCCCACUUUGGACUCGGCGGCGGGCGGGGCGCGGGGGCGGAGCUGUGCGUGGAGGACCUGCUCCGCCUCCACCUGGACCGGGUGACCUCCGACCCCUCGCAGCCGCCCUACGACUCGCUGCAGACGUACCAAUUCGAGGGCCGCGACUCCCGCGCCGAGUCGCUGAGCUCGCUGGGGAGCGAGGGCGGCACGAGCGAGGCCACGACGGAGGAGGAGAGGACGGAGGAGGGCAAGACGGAGGAGGACAAGAUGGAGGAGGACAAGAUGGCGGAGUUGAACGUGCGGUUCCAGCGGCUGCUGGAAGUCAUCAGGGAGCGGAAGAGGAGGAAGGAGCAGGUAGAGGAGGGGCAGCACAAGGAGGCGCAAAGGUGGGACUUCUAGGAAAAAGGGGCACACAAUUAUCACUUUCACUUUCACUUUCACUUUGCACAGAAACCACCUUGUUAAUAAUAAAAGAGGCGCUGGGCUUUGGACACGUGGAAAAAAAUCAAAUAUUGAUUGAAAACUGCAUUGUUGGGGGGAAAGACCCUUGUCUAUUAUUGAUGAUUAUUAAUAUUCAUCACGCGCUCUCUGGCUCCCCCGAGUGGCAGUGGUGGGUACUGCACUUGGAGAGAGAAAAAGACCCUUGUCUAUAUUAUUGAUCCAUCCAUCCAUUUUCUACCGCUUAUUCCCUUUCGGGGUCGCGGGGGGCGCUGGCGCCUAUCAGCUACAAUCGGGCGGAAGACGGGGUACACCCUGGACAAGUCGCCACCUCAUCGCAGGGCCAACACAGAGACAGACAACAUUCACACUCACAUUCACACACUAGGGCCAAUUUAGUGUUGCCAAUGAUUAUUAAUAUUCAUCACACGCUCUCUGGCGCCCCCGAGUGGUGGUGUUGGGUACU